GGACUUGCCCAUACCAUGCUUUAUUGGGAUUUACUACUGAAUAGUUUCGAACCGGUUCCAUUCGGAGUAGACGAAACCCACCUGUUGUGCUGGCUUGAUUUUGCAUUUUUUUUUCUAAUUUUGCGAGAAUGGCAGUCGAUUGGGGUUAUUCACAGUUCAACGGUAAGAAAACCUAGCUUCAAGACGUCCAGUCCGCUACAUUGGCCUGAAACGUGGGCUAAGUGCUACCCGGAAGCCGCCGGAGACCGGCAGAGUCCGGUGGACAUUCAACAGGUGUGCCUGAAAAGCCUCAACACCAACCAGAAGCUGACGUGGAGGUACAUCGCGGAGAACACCGAGGACGUCACGAAUCCGGGGUACUGCUGGAAGGUGCACGUCCGGGGGGACGGAUCCGAGCUGACGGGGGGUCCUUUGGAGGACAACAAGUACGUCCUGGAACAGUUCCAUUGUCACUGGGGGCAGGAUAACGAUCAAGGGUCGGAACAUACGGUCAAUGGGGAGAAGUACGCCGGAGAGUUGCAUUUGGUCCACUGGAACACCACGAAGUACUGCUCGUUCGCCGAAGCUGCCAAGUACCCCGACGGACUAUGUGUGAUCGGAGUGUUCCUAAAACCCGGAAGAUGCAACCCGGAACUGGACAAAAUCGUCCACCAGCUUUGUAAAAUCGAGUACCGAGGAGAAACGGCCAAAAUUGGGGAGCCGCUAAAUCCGGGCCUGUUCAUCCCGGAAGACAGCGGCUACUACACGUACCAAGGGUCCCUGACAACCCCCCCUUGUUCCGAGUGUGUGAUUUGGGUCGUGUUUAAAGAGCCUAUCGAAGUGUCCGAAGAGCAGUUGGGGGCGUUCAGGAGUUUGAAGUCGUACUGUAGGGAGGACGGUUGUCCGUGUGACGACUUUGAGGGGUUCGUGAAGAAAAAUUUUAGACCGACGUUGCCUUUGGGGGAGAGGGAGAUUCGAGAAUGUCGACAAUAGAUUAGAUAGGCGUUUGGAGAGUUGCAAUAUAUUUUUGUUCCUAUAUUGGUGUACUUGUCAGUGAUAUCGGUGUGAGAAUGGUCACAGGUGCCUUAUUACAUUAGUUAGAUUUAUAUUACAACAAUGUUAGAGAUACCUAUUUUUAGACGAGACGGUCGUGUUGUAACAUAUUGUAAUAAAAAUACAGUUUUAAUAUACUGCUUGCAAUUAG